AUGAAGACUGGCUUGUGGGCGGUCUCCCUUCUAGCUGCCGUUUUACGGCCAGUGUUUGCCGGGUCGAACAAUUUAGAGAAAAGGGCGGAUGACAAACCUAGCGAUGAUGGAUCGGAUAAGUCGACAGUAUUCGACGGUGUACGUGUGCCGCCAUUGAAAGAAUUCAAUGCUGCGGACUUUGAAGAGGGUAUCAAGGAUGGUUACUGGUUUGUUAAAUACUAUUCUCCUUAUUGUCAUUUCUGUGAGGCCGUUCGACCCACAUUCCAGACUCUUUAUGAAUUUUACUAUACAUCCAAUCCAUUAAAAUCAUCCACAUCGAAACAGACUUCAAGCCCAGAAUCCUCCCUCAACUCCUUCCAGGGCUAUUACGACUUUCGGUUCGCGUCGAUGAACUGUGUUGUAAACGGAGACAAAUGUAUGGAAUUGGACGUCGGGGAGUGGCCGACCUUUGCCCUCUAUCGCAAAGGAGAACUGGUCGAAAAGUUUAAAGGGAAUAAUGAUAUGAAAGGUCUCAGCGGAUUCAUUGAAAAAUGGCUAGAAUCAAUCAAACCUGGGUCACGACCCAGAACGGAAAUGAAACUGCCGGAACCUGGUGCGAAGUCCGCUCCUGAACAGCCAAAGGAAAAUGACAAAGUUUUGGCUGGCGAUGACGGUGCACCCGCUUCUUCAAAACAGCCAGGUCGCGGUGCCGAUAACCAGCUACCGACUCCCAAUCCCCAAGGCAUAAGCGUUCCUCUAACGGCAGAAAGCUUCCAAAAACUCGUCACUACAACGAGAGAUCCAUGGUUUGUGAAGUUUUACGCUCCAUGGUGUUCUCAUUGUCAGGCCCUUGCCCCAAUUUGGAGCCAGAUGGCCAAGGAUUUGAAAGGCAAGCUGAAUAUAGGCGAAGUCAACUGCGAGGUUGAGAAAAGACUUUGCAAAGAUGCUCGUGUUAAUCUCUAUCCGACGAUGUAUUUCUUCCGUGGAGGCGAGCGGGUUGAAUAUGAAGGACUACGAGGUCUUGGUGAUCUCGUAAACUAUGCUAAGAAGGCUGUUGAUGUCGUCGGCAGAGGCGUCCAAUAUGUGGACGCCGCAGCGUUCAAGAAGAUGGAAGAGACCGAAGAAGUUAUUUUCUUGUACUUCUUCGACCAUGCCACUACUUCGGAGGAUUUUGCAGCAUUGGACCGAUUGACACUUAGUCUUGUCGGCCGUGCCCGUCUCGUCAAGACCAACAGCAGCGUCCUUGCUGAGAGGUUCAAGAUAUCAACAUGGCCUCGUCUCCUUGUUUCAAGGGACGGUAGACCAACUUAUUAUACUGCGCUAGCUCCCAAGGAUAUGAGAGACUUCCGGCAAGUCUUAACAUGGAUGCAAAAAGUUUGGUUGCCAAUCGUCCCAGAACUGACGGCAUCGAACGCAAAGGAAAUCAUGGAGAGGAAAUACGUUGUUCUCGGUAUCCUCAAUAGGCAACGAUCCGAUGAAUUCAUUCAAGAUAAACGGGAACUCAAAAAUGCAGCUAUGGAGUGGAUGGAAAAGCAAACAAAACUAUUCCAACUGGAGCGCCAAGAACUGCGCGAUGCAAAAGAACUGCGCAUCGAAGAGGCCGAUGAUCGCGAUGACCAACGAGCUUUGAGAGCCGCCAAGAAUACUCGCAUUACUAUCAAGGAGGACGAUAAAAAACAAGUUGCCUUUGCCUGGGUUGACGGAAUUUUCUGGGAUAGAUGGAUUCGGACGACCUAUGGCAUUGAUGUUAGGAAUGGAGAACGUGUUAUCAUUAAUGAUGAAGAGAAUCGCCGAUAUUGGGAUACCACGCCAAAUGGAGGUUUUAUUGUCCCCAGCCGCACGUCCAUUUUAGAAACCAUUACCCACGUCGUUUCGUCUCCUAGCAAACUCAGUUCCAAAUCGACCGUUGGAACUUUCGAAAGCAUUUUCUUUUCCAUCCGAACAUUUAUCACCUCUCACCCAAUCAUCACACUUCUAUUGAUUGCCGCUUCUCUUAUCGUCGCCUCAAGCGUAGCUAGAGGCAAACUACGAAGAGGUAGAUCUGGCGGCGGUCUAUUGGGCAACGUCGGAGGCAGCUCUGGGGGAUUCUUCCAUCUUGACGGAAAGGAAGGAUUGCUUGGUAGUGGCGGUGGGAGCGGGAAAGUUGAUUAA